AUGUUUCAUGACUUGCAACAACGUUGUUCUACAAACAACGAUCUGGGCAGCGAGGUGUCACCCUACGGGCCGCUGUGGGACGCUCCACCAGCACCAGUGCCUUAUCCAGACAUCCUGGCCUUUCCGCCAGCCGACCUAGUGUGGUCGGCGGGUUGUGGGCGCGGUAGCUCUCGCGCUCCACCCGGCGGCAAAAAACCACGGCGACGGGUAGCUUCCGUGGCUCAACGCAGGGCCGCCAACAUACGGGAGAGGAGAAGAAUGUUCAACCUCAAUGAAGCUUUCGACAAGUUGCGUAGAAAGGUACCAACAUUCGCUUACGAAAAGCGUCUCUCUCGCAUCGAAACACUUCGUUUAGCGAUAACGUACAUUAGCUUCAUGUGUGAGCUCCUCCACGGGUCUCCGCAGCCUCAUCAUCCACCUCACGCUGCCCUGCAUCCGUCAAGGCAUGUGUUUGAUGCUGAAGUGCCUUGGUGCGCUUGA